AUGGUACAUUCCUGCUACUCCCUUUCUGACCAGUUAGAAUUAAAUCCUGACUUUUCAAGGCCUAAUAAAAAGUAUACCUGGAAUGAUGUUGGGCAGCUAGUAGAAAAACUGAAAAAGGAGUGGAAUAUUCUUUGUAUUACAGAUGUUGUCUACAACCAUACUGCUGCUAAUAGUAAGUGGAUCCAGGAACACCCAGAGUCAGCGUAUAAUCUUGUGAACUCUCCUCACUUAAAACCUGCCUGGGUCUUAGACAGAGCACUUUGGCACUUCUCCUGCGAUGUGGCAGAUGGGAGGUACAGAGAAAGAGGAAUUCCUGCCUUGAUUGAAAAUGAUCAACAUAUGAAUUGCAUUCGGAAAAUCAUGUGGGAGGACAUUUUUCCAAAGCUUCAUCUCUGGGAAUUUUUCCAAGUAGAUGUUCACAAAUCAGUCGAGCAAUUUAGAAGACUUCUCACACAAGAAAAUAGACAAGUAACCAAGUCUGAUCCACAGAAACAUCUAGAGAUUAUUCAGGACCCGGAAUACCGACGGCUCGGCUGUACUGUAGACAUGAAUGUCGCACUGGCAACUUUCAUCCCUCAUAACCAUGGGCCAGCCGCAGUUGAAGAAUGCUGCAAUUGGUUCUGUAAGAGAAUUGAAGAGCUGAAUUCAGAAAAGCAUCAACUAGUGAACUGUCAUCAGGAACAGGCAGUCAAUUGCCUUUUGGGAAACGUGUUUUAUGAACGACUGGCUGGCCAUGGCCCUAAACUAGGACCUGUCACUAGGAAACAUCCCUUGGUGACCAGGUAUUUUACUUUCCCAUUUGAAGAAAUGGCCUCCUCUACAGAAGAAGCUAUGAUUCACCUCCCAAACAAAGCUUGCUUUCUGAUGGCACAUAACGGAUGGGUGAUGGGAGAUGAUCCCCUUCGAAACUUUGCUGAGCCAGGCUCAAAUGUGUAUUUAAGGAGAGAACUUAUUUGCUGGGGAGACAGUGUUAAGUUGCGCUAUGGGAAUAAACCAGAGGACUGUCCUUAUCUUUGGGCGCACAUGAAAAAAUACACUGAGAUAACCGCGACUUAUUUCCAGGGAGUACGUCUGGACAACUGCCACUCCACGCCUCUCCAUGUAGCCGAGUACAUGUUGGAUGCUGCGCGGAAAUUGCAGCCCAAUUUAUAUGUAGUGGCUGAGCUGUUCACAGGAAGCGAAGAGCUGGACAAUAUCUUUGUCACUAGACUGGGCAUUAGUUCCUUAAUCAGAGAGGCGAUGAGUGCGUGCGACAGUCAUGAAGAGGGAAGGCUAGUUUACCGCUACGGAGGAGAGCCCGUUGGGUCCUUUGUUCAGCCCUGUCUGAGGCCUUUGAUGCCAGCUAUCGCACACGCCCUGUUUAUGGACAUUACACAUGAUAACGAGUGUCCUGUUGUGCAUAGAUCAGCCUAUGAUGCUCUUCCAAGUACCACAAUCAUUUCUAUGGCAUGCUGUGCUAGUGGAAGUACACGCGGCUAUGAUGAGUUGGUGCCUCAUCAGAUUUCAGUGGUUUCUGAAGAACGCUUUUACACUAAGUGGAAUCCUGGAGCGUCACCAUCAAAUACAGGUGACGUUAAUUUCCAGAGUGGAAUUAUUGCAGCCAGGUGUGCCAUCAAUAAACUUCAUCAAGAGCUCGGAGCCAAGGGUUUCAUUCAGGUGUACGUGGAUCAGGUUGAUGAAGACAUAGUGGCAGUGACAAGACACUCACCUAGUAUCCAUCAGUCUGUCGUGGCUGUAUCCAGAACGGCUUUCAGGAAUCCCAAAACUGCAUUUUACAGCAAGGAAGUGCCUCAAAUGUGCAUCCCUGGCAAAAUUGAAGAAGUAGUUCUUGAAGCUAGAACUAUUGAGAGAAAUACAAACCCUUAUAGGAAGGAUGAGAAUUCAAUCAAUGGAAUGCCAAACAUCACAGUAGAAAUUAGAGAACAUAUUCAGCUUCAUGAAAGUAAAAUUGUUAAGCAAGUUGGAAUUGCCACAAAAGGGCCCAAUGAAUAUAUUCAAGAAAUAGAGUUUGAAAACUUAUCUCCAGGAAGUGUUAUUAUAUUCAGAGUUAGUCUUGAUCCACAUGCACAGGUCGCUGUUGGAAUUCUUCGAAAUCAUCUGACACAGUUCAGUCCUCACUUUAAAUCUGGGAGCCUUGCUGUUGACAACUCAGACCCCAUAUUAAAAAUUCCUUUUGCUUCGUAAGUAUGCCUUAUUUUGUAAAGAUUUACCACUUUAAUAACUGAGUUACUACCAAGCUGACAUAAGCAGUUUAAAGGGUCAUUGUGUUCUUGCUACUCAAAGUAUGGUCCAAGGAUCAGCAGUGUCAGCAUCAGUUAUUUGAACAUUUCACCCCAUUGCUUUAUCAGCUAUGUGUACUCACAAGGGUUUUCAUGAGCUUAUGCAUUUCUCUAUAGAUAUAGAUACAUAGGUGCCUAUAUAUGCACAUACACACACAGUUUUCCUGAACUAUUAGGGACUAAGUUGCAUAAUUUUAA